GAUAAUUACGCAACGGUUAACAUAAAGGAACCAGUUCCUCAGGAAUUUGUUCGUUUACUGAUACGAAAACAAGGGAGUGAUAAUUUCCGAGGGAUAGAGAAUCAGUGUGGUGUGAAAAUUACCUGGCCAAAAUUCAGUGGAACAGAAAAAUAUGUGACGUUUGACAUCAUAG